AUAUCCCAACACUCCUAAGCAGGCUCUAAAGUAGCUUAAAAAGAAGGAACUAGAACAGUGAAACUCCAUUUCUAAGCUGAAUUGAGAAAACACCUGAAUUUGAUUAGUUUAAGAAAAGAAUCAUGAAUGAAAGGAUCCAAAAACUGUGUUAGUAUGCCCAUUACUUCACAGCCUGUGGAAGGCCUUGAAACUCUGUGAGAAGCCGACAAUUAGAGAUAAUUCCAAGCAACCCAUGUGGGAUUCUUCCUUUUUACUCAGCAGUUCGGCUUCUCCAUUAGUUAUGCUUUGCUGUUUUAGCUCAUACUCUCUAGUCUAAUCAAUUUCUUGAGACACUCUGCUCUGAAUUCUCUGUUUGUUACACGAUGUGGGAUUCAGAAACUGAGUCUUUUGGGGGACGAGAUUUCAGUAAUGGAGUUCUCACAACAGGCAAACAUGGAGUUAAGACAGAUGGUUUUGAGCUAAGAGGGCAGUCUUGGUAUGUUGCAACUGAUAUUCCAAGUGACCUUUUAGUUCUGAUUGGAGAUGUUAGUUUCCAUUUACACAAGUAUCCUCUUCUUUCUCGGAGUGGAAAGUUAAACCGAAUCAUAUAUGGAUCACGGGACACAGAAUUAAACAAGAUGGUAUUAGAUGACAUUCCAGGAGGGCCUGAAGCCUUUGAACUGGUGGCAAAAUUCUGUUAUGGAAUUGCUGUUGAUUUAACAGCGCCUAUUAUCUCCGGCCUACGAUGUGCGGCAGAGUAUCUAGAAAUGACAGAGGAUUUGGAAGAAGGCAAUUUGAUAUUCAAAACUGAAGCUUUUCUCAGUUAUGUGGUAUUAUCAUCAUGGAGGGACUCCAUACUAGUAUUGAAAAGCUGUGAAAAGCUAUCGCCUUGGGCAGAAAAUCUCCAAAUUGUUAGAAGAUGUAGUGAGUCUAUCGCAUGGAAAGCUUGUGCUAAUCCGAAAGGAAUAAGAUGGCAAUAUACAGGAAAGCCCCUGAGAGUUUCCAGCCCAAAAUGGAAUGAGAUGAAAGAUUCUAGCCCAAGUAGGAACCAGCAAGUGCCCCCGGAUUGGUGGUUUGAGGACGUUUCCAUUCUCCGGAUUGAUCAUUUUGUCCGUGUUAUUACUGCAAUUAAGGUGAAGGGGAUGAGGUAUGAGUUGAUUGGAGCUGUGAUUAUGCAUUAUGCAAGCAAAUGGCUCCCUGGUUUGAUCAAAGAGGGGUUGGGAUCAGGGGAGCCUGGCGAUGAUGGAAGUAAUAGUACUAAUAGUAACGAAAGUAGCAGUAUCUGGAAAGGGGGGUUACAUAUGAUUGUGGCUGGAAUUAAAGAAGAUAUACCAACUGUUCAGGCCAAAGAUCAAAGGAUGAUUAUCGAAAGCCUAAUAAGUAUAAUCCCCCCGCAGAGAGAUUGUGUUUCAUGUAGCUUCCUUCUUAGGUUGUUAAGACUGGCAAACAUGUUGAAAGUGGCUCCUGCUUUGGUUACUGAAUUGGAAAAAAGGGUUGGGAUGCAGUUUGAACAAGCUCAAUUGGCAGAUCUUUUGAUACCUUGUUACAACAAAAGUGAGUCGCUGUAUGAUGUUGAUCUUGUUCAGAGGCUUUUGGAGCAUUUCCUAGUUCAAGAACAGUCAGAAAGUUCAAGUCCUGCGAGACAGUCAUUUUCUGAUAAAAAUAUGUAUGAUUCAGCUCAGAGGGGGACGAACUCAAAUGCCAAGAUGAGAGUAGCAAGGCUCCUUGACAGCUAUCUUACAGAGGUUUCGAGAGACAGAAAUCUUUCAUUGACGAAAUUUCAGGUCCUGGCUGAGGCAUUGCCUGAAUCGGCUAGAACUUGUGACGAUGGAUUGUAUAGAGCAAUUGAUUCCUAUCUUAAGGCUCAUCCAACACUAACAGAGCAUGAAAGGAAGAGACUGUGUCGUGUGAUGGAUUGCCAAAAGCUGUCAAUUGAUGCAUGUAUGCAUGCUGCACAAAACGAACGACUCCCACUACGAGUUGUAGUACAAGUCCUCUUCUCCGAGCAGGUGAAGAUUAGCAAUGCGAUAGCCAACAACUCUCUUAAAGAAGCCAGUGAAUCCCAGUACCAGCCCUUGAUAUCUAACCGUAAAACAUUACUUGAAGGAACGCCACAAUCAUUUCAAGAAGGAUGGGCCGCAGCCAAAAAGGAUAUCAAUGCUCUAAAGUUUGAACUUGAGAGUGUCAAGACCAAGUACUUGGAACUCCAAAAUGAAAUGGAAACUUUACAGAGGCAAUUUGAUAAGAUGGCAAAGCCAAAACAGACAUCUGCAUGGAUGGCCGGGUGGAGAAAACUGAGCAAGAUCGGUAAAACAACAGAAAACAAUGAUAUGGCGUUUCAGGUAGCCAAUGCAGAGACUAAGAAGAUGCCUAGAAGAUGGAGAAAUUCCAUUUCAUAAAUGAUACCUCUACAAUUCAACUCUGUAUUGCCAGGUUUCUUUCCAUUUUAUUCUUCCUAUCAGAAUAAUCAUUUUCUUAGUCGAUAACAAGUAUUAUUUCUGAAAGGAUAAUAAUCUUAUCAUCAUUGUUUCUGUAUUGGGGUGAUUAGUUUGUUUGGAACCGUCCACUUAUGUGUGUUUGCGAUUGUAGCUCUGGAUGACUUGCACCAACUGAAACGAACUGUUUUGCCAUGGACCCUGUGUGGUUUUCUGUAGCAACUGGAGUAAUCAAAGAUUCAGUUUCAGACCAUAAAGGAAAGCAUCCAUGCUGAAUGUUAAUGAGACCCCAAAGCUUUUAUUUCA